UGCAUCAGAAGAUAAAUCAGCAGGGAGAGCUGUUCUCUCACGAUCAGAUCGCAAUGCAGCUAGAUCUCGCUGCCUAGUGAUGCAAAGCAAUUUUGCACUGAUUUUGCUUUAUUCAGUGCAACAACAAAAAAACUUGCCUUUCUAAAAAUAUGUUUGCGCUUGCAUUUUUAUUGUGUGCCAUAUGUGAAUGAAAAAAGAAAGAAUAAAUGUGAUCUAAUUCUGGAAACAAACAAUGUGUGGGAACCCCAAUUGUCUCGUAACAUCACCGGUUCUUAAGCCUAACGGACAUUGUUUUUGACUUUCAGAAUGCCGCAUUCGGCUUCCCUACAGAUUUAUUCAUCACUGGAAUAAGUAAUUUUGUGCAAGUAGUACAUUGUUUUUAAUAAUAAUGCUUUAACGAAGAUUUAUUUUUUUACCCUACCAUUCCAGAUUUAAAUGUGUUGUUAAACCUACCAGUGUAAUAAGUUUUUAUUUAAGUUUAAUUAAAGGCUGAAAUACAAUUUAUCUUAAUGGAAGGAUGUCGAUUACAAAUAAUGUUUUUGAUUUUUAAUAAGUUAAUAAACAUUAUGUACUCAAAUAAAAAAUAAAUUCAAUAGGAAAAAACAAUCUCGUUUUGUAAACUUAAUUAAGAUAUAAAACAAAACAUUAUAAAGUGAUUAUGCAUUAGUUUUACUUCACGUCCAAAAAAAUAUACUUGAAGAAUUUUAAUUUGCUUGUUUUAGUUCUAGAAGUUUUUAGAAUGAGUUUAUUUUUAUUUAAAUAUUUAUGACGUGUAAAUGAAAAUAAAAGAACAGCGGCAUCAUACGUAAGAGAAAUUAACCAUCCAAUUCAGCACAUCUCUAGAAAUUCACUUUUAGUCUUUACGGAUAUUCACGACUUAUCUCAAAGAUGGCACGUCUUUCUAAAAGUUAACCGAUUAUCUCAAAGAGUUUGUGUCUUUUUAGAUAUUGAUGAUUCACCACAAAGAUAAAUACGUUUUUUCCGAAAUUAACCUUUUGUCACUGAGAUGAAACGCCCAUCUGAAAAUUAAAUGUCCUUUUUGAAAAAACUAUAUGGCUUUUACAGAAAUUAUUUAUAUGCCACAAAAAGGAUACGUCUUUAAAGGAAUUAUCAUUUGCCGCAAAGAGUAUACACCUUCUUUGCUUUUCUAAAAAUUUACCAUUUGCCACAAAGAUGAUACACGUUAUUUAAAAUUAACCAUUUACCAUAAAGAUGAUACACUUUUCUAGAUGUUCAUCUUCCUGUACAAAGAUUACAUGCUUUAUUAGAAAUGGUUUUUCCAGCUAAGCUUUAUCCAUGGCUCUGGAAAGGAAGCGUUCCAGUCGACGUAGUGGUCGACAACGGCAGCACAGUCGUAGACAACAGCCUGAAAACAAGUGCAAAACAUGCUGUCGUAAGUUUACUGCCUUCAUGUUUUCUCAUGUUGGCCUAUGUGCCCUGGUGGUUGGCUACAGCAUCCUCGGGGCAUUUGCAUUCCAGGCUCUGGAAGCCGAAAACGAGGACAAAAAAGCGGACGAAGUUAUGGCCAGGAGGAUGGAGACUGUGAAAAAGUUGUGGGCCAUCACUGAUCAGUUGAAUGUACUGUACAAAGAGAACUGGACACGGCAAGUCACUGAGGAAGUGAAAAGGUUCCAGGCCGAUCUAGUACAUGCCAUCAAAGAAGGAUAUGAUGGUAAAGAUGGAACUGGGACUCAAUGGACUUUUUCUGGAGCAUUUUUAUAUUCACUUACUGUUAUAACAACCAUUGGUUAUGGCAACAUUGCGCCAAGGACUCCGUCCGGAAAAAUAGCAACCAUAUUUUACGCAAUUAUUGGAAUACCACUGAUGCUACUUUAUCUCACUAACAUUGGCGACAUCUUGGCCAAAGCAUUCCGUUAUUUAUACAGCAGGGCAUGUGCUUGUACUGGAGACAGCCAAGGACCGAAUCAUGAUUCCCGACGCAGGCGUCAUUUGGCGGAUAAUUACAGAGUUCAACAUUUUGUCGGAAAUGCUUCCUCUCCAUCUGGAAGAUAUGGAUUAGAAAUUGAUGAUAAGUUCCAUUUAAGUGUUCCACCUCCUCCUCCGCCACCCAUGUCUCACAUCAUAGAAGACGAGGUUCGGAUCGAGCCUAUAUCAGAUGAAAUGUACCGAGAAGAGGAUUACAACGGCAAAGUGAGGGUAUCUGUACCCAUAACGCUUUGCAUGGUGAUUUUGGUGGGUUAUAUAUCUGGAGGAGCUGUGCUCUUCUCCCUUUGGGAAGGAUGGGGUUUCUUGGAUGGUUCCUAUUUCUGUUUUGUCACUCUCAGCACCAUUGGUUUUGGAGAUCUCGUUCCAGGUGAUUCGGUGAUUUCUGAUGGAGGCUCUCAGGAGAAACUAGUCAUGUGCUCUCUUUACCUGCUGUUCGGAAUGGCCUUGAUUGCCAUGUGCUUUAAUCUGAUGCAAGAAGAAGUUAUCCACAAAGUUCGCAGUUGCGGAAGACGAAUUGGCAUCAUCAAGGAUCAAGAAGAUGACGAUGAUAUGGGAUGAGGGAUAUCAUCUAAUAUUCGACCAUUAGCUGAAAAUGAUGAACCCUCUCGGAAGGAGAGUCCAUCAGAGUUGAGAGCACAUCGAUGAGUGGUGCCACCACCGCCAUCGAUAUCAUUUAUGUUGAUAACAAAAUGUCACGUUCUCGCGUUGAUCCAAUUUUUAAUUCCAAACGACUUUUUUCAGUUAACAUUCAAUCGUCUGCAAUCGGAAUCAAGCGAACCAGGACGUGUAUGGAACGAAUAUGCUUAGUGAGGCUUUUAAAACCGAAACUAAUUCCAAAAUAUUGAGUUUACAAUAGUAUACUAAAAUCACAUAUAUAUAAAAGAAGAUAAAGACAUAUUUGAUCGAAAAAAACAGUGCUCUUUUUAUGAUUUUUUCAAAACAAUUACACAGCGCCAUUUAAUUAGAACUAUUCUACAAGUCUCAUUUAUUUAGUUAGUCAGAAAACCACACUAAAAAAAAGGAGAUAGAAAAUCAAAAUAACAGAUUUAAAUGGAAAGAAAUGGAGCCUCUCCGAUAUUUUCAUCCAACAAAUUUGUCCAAGAAAACCGCUUUUUGAAGUAAUAAUAAUGUUACGUCUUCAGAAGUUUUACUGUAGAGAUCUAUAAAUUAUUUUAAUAUUAAUGUGAGCUUUUCCACAUUUUGCAGAAUUUUGAAUUUUAUGCAAUAUGCAAUAAAUUUAAUUAACACAAACGUA